CAUACCAUUCAGACUAACGGGGUAGCGUUCCAUUGCAGUUCGCAGGGGCUGCGUUGACAGUCAACAGUGUGUAAAUGGUGGCGUGUGGAUGUGGAGACUCAAAGUGGCGCAUUUGUUGUCUCUUUUUGUUAAAUUUUGGUUUGAAUCGAAACUUUUGGUAGCAUAGUUUAUUCGCCCCCUGUCUUCGAGUGCCUCAACUGCAUGGGAUUCGCACCGUGUCAAACCCAUAAUGGAAAACGGGAAAUGCGUCACCGAUCCUGGCGACGUCGUUCGUAAACUUCAAGAGAAGGUCCGCGAAUUGGAACUCCAACUUAUCCAGAAGUCGUCCGACUCGAGUAACGGAGUCAGCGCGCCCCCUUCCGAACUCGAUGUCGAAGACCCUCAUGAAGACCUGGUGCCAGUUGAUGGCCUGGACUUCUGCAGUAAAACUUGGCUGGUGAGAAACGCGGCCGGCCAGGCGGGGCAGGCGGACUCCCGGGCCGAGCAAGAGGUGUUCGACGAGGUGCGGCGCAGGGCCGGGGUGGCCCACAACGCGGCCCUGUACGCCGCCGUGUGCAACGCCGAGCAAGAUCGUCGACGAAACAUAGACUCAAGGACAUUUACAAGACCAAAGAAGAGAAUGGGCCGCCCAAGUUUGGAGUUGUUGGAGUCAUUGUCUUGUCUGUCAAAGCCAACGGUAGCACAAUAUCCAUGGGCCUCGGGAUCAAAUGAGAUGGCUGUCGACAACCUAACUUGCACUCUCUUGGAGAGCUCUUUGUUAAAUUGCAGUAUGGAUAAUUCACAAACUGGUGACAUCAACUCUCAACUCUCAAUAGUCAAUAAGAAACAAAAAGUAUCAUCUCAAACAGAAAGAAGAAGAGGGAGCCUAGUUCUAUCAGAAGUAAAUGAUGAUAUUUCUGAUGACUUGGUAUUAACGCCGAAAAUUGAUAAUGGCAACACUGUGACAGCUUACGUUGAAAAUGUUAAUUAUUCAAAUUUAAAAGUCUCAUCACAGCAAAAUGAUGUGCCCGAAAACAUGGAAAUGCAUUCAACCCUCUUGGAAUCAACAGAUUUUAGUACAAGUUUAAUUGAUAGUGCUCUUCUUGAUGCUAAUCUAAUGGAUACAAUUAUUGUAAACACUAAACCAAAGUUAUCGGGUCCAAAAAUGCAUCAACUUAACAGAACUUUCACUCCAUCACCUCCACCAGUACCUAUGGUAAACAAGGAUUGUGAUCAGGUUGUUGGGCAACAUCAAUCGGCCAAUGAAAAUUUAAAUAAUACGUACAGAAAAGAUGAAGAAAACCCUAACUGUGCUCUUUUGAACAAUACCUUCUCCCUUGAUGCAAAUGAAUCCAGUGGUUCUCAAAGGAAUGUCUCAUCUCUGAGAAGACCGGGUUCUACUGACAGUGGAGGUGCUGAUGAUGACCAACUAAGUAGUGCUUCGGAAUCUAGCCACACAUCAUCGACCCGUCUGAUGAGUGUAGGAGAUGUGCAACACAUAGCAAGACUGCAGGAACAAAGCCUUGUAAUUUCCACACCAGUUCACCGUCACCUAGCAAAGGUUAUUGACUAUGCUGAGGACAUAUCUCCAAUUUUACGAAGUAAUGGUCCUGACUGUGGAAGGUCCAGUGGGAGUUCUGAAAUUCAAACAGGAGGUUAUUUAUCGGACCAUUCAUCUCGAAGUCCUAUGAGCUCUCUACAUUCAAGCCCUGCUGGCAGUCCAUUUGGUUCAAGCACUAUGCUGCCUGGAUCCAAUUUAGCCCAAGUGCAAGAUUCAAGACUAUCCUACCGUCCUAAUGGAAUGCUUCAGCGGAAAAACACCUACGGUUUGAUACCACCCCCUAAGACCAAGGAAAGAGGUUUGCGCCCACCUGCUCCUUCUGUUGUCCCAUCCUUGUCGAGGCCAACGGUUCGUUCAGGGCUUCGUCCUCCGAUGGUCAGAACCAACAUACCAGGACCAGGAUCAUCAGGAUUGCCAAGGCCAGCUGGCACAGGCAUCCCACGACCAGCUUCUUUGUCGAGAAUCCCUCCACCGAAAGUCAGAUCUUCUGUGCCUCGGCCCUCUAGAAAAGAGUGGACAGAUGAAUGCUACUGAUGCACAGGUACUGUACUGUUUUCUGCAUCAUGUGCCAAAUUAACUCAAAAUCAAACUGAAGUUCAGAAGAAAAGCUGAAUGAAUGAAUGAAACAAAUUUGACCUGUAGCCUGAUCCGAACUACUACCUAGUCUGUUGGUUGUCAUAAGUAUAUUUUGUUGUACUGCAAUUUUUAUAUUUUUAUCACAUUUAAGUUGGCAAAGCUAAUUUUUCUGUGGAUUGUAUGAUAAUAAUUUACUGUUGAAUGGCUCCUAAACAGACCAUUUUAAAAGGUAGUAUUGGAGCAAACUUUUAUUUUCUUUUACUGUCAACUUCUAUAUAUUUUACUAAACACUACAAAUCGACUAUAUCAAACCCAAAAUAGUUGUUCCCAAAGGACCAUAUGUUUUAAAAUUUGCCUCAAAUACUGUACAUGGAAAAGUCAGCUCCAUAAUUUCUCUAUCUUAAACCAAAUUUAUAUUUCACGCUUCGCAUAAUAUAUUUUCAAAUGUUCAAAUUUUAGUAGUUUUAAUUGGUAGUUCAUUAUAUUUGCAGUAGUUAUGUAACUUGACCUCUGUAUUUAAUGCAUGGCUUGUGAGUGGUCCUAAAGUUAUGUAGAAAUCAGCUUUAAAUUUUCACCUUGCCACAGUGGUCUUAUAAGAAACGAAUAAUAUAUGUACAACAGGGUAUUCAGAGUAUUUAACUUGUACUGAAACUAUUGCUCUGUAUCAGGAACACAUGGGUGCAUUCAUAAUUUUUCACAGUUUAUCUUUAAAUAUAUUCUCAACAACUUUGAGAUUGUGUGAGGCAGAAUCCAGAAUGAUGAUGCAUAAUAUGAAUAUUUUUUUGGUACUUGAUUGUAUCUGAGGUGUCUUAAAACCAAAGACCUCUAAUUGAGAAUACAUGUGUGAUAGAUGUGAGUGUGUGUGCUGUUAUAUUUAUGUUGAUAUUUUUGAAACUGACUAAUUGCUUAUUUUUAGAGAAAAGAUUUUCCUUCUUUUUUUACAUGUGUAUCGUAAGUGUCAGGGUCCAAUUUUUUUUUUUUUUUGUGUAUUGCAUUGCUCUGCCUUAUUAACUCAUUGAAAUCCCUACUCAAUAAUUGGAACUGAUUGGGCAAGGGUGUAAAAUAUUAAUUCUCAUUGCCACCCUGUGAUCUAUUGUUGAGGAGGUACUAGUUCUUUGUGGCUAGCUUGUUGUCGUUCUAAAGAAGAUUUUUAUUCUGAACAAAUUGUUUUGUGUUUCUGAUUCUGUUGCACAGGGACCAAAUGGACAAAGAAACUUGUCAAUGUGUCCUCUUUACUUUUCUUUACUGGCUUGUAAAGAUAAAGAGCAGCAGACAGAUAAGAACUCCACUGUUAAUUUCAUAUUUAUUUAAUAGCUGAGUGGAUCCCUGUCAUGGGACAUAGCCUGUUGAAUGUUUUUGUAAGCAAGCGUAUGUUCUAACAGUUACAGUUGCUAUAUGUGAAAAUGAAUCAGGGGAAAUAAAUGCAUCGGACAAGUAAAUGAAAUACCCUAAGACUUAAUCUUUGGGGAUGGACUUCUUUUAUUUUUUCUCAGUCUGCAGAUGACUAAAUGAAUUGUUACUCUGAUGAUCAUUUUGGAACAUGAUUACAUGUCAUCUAAAAUUGGCAAAAAUGGUUCCAAUCAGAGGGUAGCUAUUGCUACUUCUAUUGUAACAUUUACUUCUUUAUUUCUCCAAAUGCAAUAAAUAUGAUAUUUGUUAUUUA